AUGAGGGGCCAACUCGUACUAAUAGAAGGUUUAGACCGUACAGGCAAGUCCACUCAAGUAUCUAUUCUUGCUUCUAGAUUAAAAGAUGCAAAGAUCUUCAAAUUUCCUGAUCGUACCACACCCAUUGGUUCUAUAAUCAAUGAGUAUUUAACUAAUGAACACUAUGACUUGAGUGAUGAAGCGUUGCAUCUAUUGUUCCUGGCCAACAGAUGGGAAUUGGCAUCAGAGAUAAUCAGCCUUUUGAACAGUGAGGAAUGGGUGGUAAUGGAUAGAUACGUAUAUUCUGGAUUGGCGUACCUGUUGAGUAAAGAUAAUUUGAAUGAUAUCGAUUGGUUAUUGGGACCUGAUAGGGGAUUACCUAGACCAGAUGCAAUAAUAUAUCUAUCGGUUCCGCCGGAAGAGUUAGCUACCCGGAAAGAUUAUGGAGAUGAAAGAUACGAAAAGGUCCACUUCCAAUCAAAGGUUAAACGUAACUUUGAAAGGGUACUUCCAUCAGAUAUUACAUUCCAAUUGGAUGUCACUGGCCUUUCAAUCUCCGAGGUGUCAGACCUCAUAUGGAAUCAUAUAAGAGAGAAAGGUAUCGAUCAACUUACAAACAAUAAUAUCACAUUAAUAUAA